UUACCAGUAGGACAGUGACAUAACGAUAUAGUAUGGACCCAAGCAUCAGUAGAAGAAGAAGGACUGGGGUUGGAGGAGCCGUUACUGCUGUAGGCUCUGUUUUGGAAACGAGAAUGCACAGCGACGAUGACGAAGUCAUCUUCAAGACUAUUCAUCUUCAUGCUGCUGACGAAGAGAAGAACUCUAACAAGCAGAUGAGCUUAAAGGAGGCUACUUUGGUGGGUGUUAACGGGAAGAGACGGCCUCUGAAGCUAACGAGGCCGACAUCGAUCGGUUCUACUCCUCCGAUGACGCCGAGGAGAUCGAUCUCUAGUGACGUAAAUGACAAGGCUUUGACUGUGUCUGUGGCGGCGAAGAAGAAGGUGAGAUCUGAUUCGGUAGAACGGGUUGAGAAGAAGAAGACUCCGGGUCGGGUUAAGAAGACCCGAUCGGAGCUUCGCACGGCGGUCGUCAGCUCCGGUGAAUUUGAUUCAGUUCCGCUGAGGAAGGUGAGCUCAUUGCCAGCUCACAGGUCCGAGAAUUCUUAUGAGAAAACAGAGGAUGUAAAUGUAAAAACAGAGGAUACCGUCGAGGAAAAGCCGCAGAUCACAGAGGAAGUCAAGGAGUUCAGCGUCUGCAAGGAGAUGGUCGUCUCCGCUAAUUCGAACGAAGAUGAGCAGAUCGACAAUGGCGAUCACGAUCACGAGGAGGAGGAAGAAGAAGAUGAUGAUGAGGAGGAGGAGGAUAAAGAAGUGGAAAAGCAGAGUAUUGAUGUGAAAGAUAUGAACUUUGCGAAGGAGAGUAGCGAAAACAGAGAUGAGAGUAAACAGUACCGUCAAUUUCACAACGGAACCGUUACAUCGCCGUCAGCCGUCCGUAAAGUUCCGCCGCCGCCAGUGAUCAAAACGGAAACUUCGGUUUACUCGGUCCCACCAAGCAAAGAUACGUAUGCAGAGGAAGAAGAUAACUUUACUCAUCCACAGAGCAAACUGCAGAGCCUGGAGGAUCUUGUGAUGUGGAGAGAUGCAUCAAGGUCGACGCUUGUGUUCGGCUUCGGAACAUUCCUCAUCAUCUCUUCUUCAUAUGCCAAUAAUCUCAACUUCAGCUUCAUAACAGUGGUAGCGUAUAUGGGACUCAUCUAUCUCGGCGUCACAUUCGUAUUCAAAUCUGUGAUCCGCAGGGGAAUAGUGGAGGUGGAGGAGGAGAGGCAUAAAGGGGUUGGAGUGAGAGAGGAAGAUGUGAAGAGGAUACUCAGACUCAUAAUGCCUUACCUCAACGAGUCCCUGUUUCAACUCCGAUCCCUUUUCUCUGGCGACCCUUCCACCACCCUUAAGAUGGGAGUGGUGCUGUUCAUUUUGGCCAGAUGGGGCCCUUCUAUCACUCUUUGGAACCUUGCCAAAUUUGGCUUUCUGGGAGCAUUUACAGUGCCUAAAAUCUUCAUCUCAUACUCAACCCACUUCUCUGCUUACGGUAUAUUUUGGCUGAGGAGAUUCAAGGACGCAUGGGAAACGUGCAACCACAAAAAGGCGGUGGCUUUGGCACUCUUCCCCCUCGUCUGGAACCUCUCAUCCGUCGUUGCGCGUGUCUGGGCAGCAUUCAUGUUAUUCGUUGCCUUUAGAUAUUAUCAGCAAAAGAUGAUUUGGACGACUGAUCAAGACGAUGAUGAAGAUGAAGAAGAAGAAGAUGUAGUAGACAACGAAGAAGAAGAAGAAGAAGAAGAACAAGUACUUAAACUUAAAAGAAAUUCUUAUAUGAUGAUGAUGCCGAAUAAACUAAAGAAAAUUUCUUAAAUUUCCUCCUGCCCAUAUGUAAACAUAAUGUAAUAAUUUCUCUAGUUUUUAGUUAGGGAUCAUCUGUUACUUCAUUACACAGCUUCUAUACAUAUUAGAAUGUGAAUA